ACAUCAAAACUAUAGAUUAAUCAAAACAUAACCUUAUAUUGUAAGCAAAUUCAAAACUUGGCGUUCAUUUACGUAUGUGGUUUAAUUUUUUUUUGCUGUGUGUGGUAGGGAAUUCGUAGAACCUUUUUAUUAUCGUUUAAGAAAUUACUAGACAAUCUUUAAGAAAAAAUAAAAGGAGUACCUUUUCUAGUGUAACAAUGACUGCACCGAUGGAGAGAAUACAAGUGUUAGAUUCUAUUGAGAAGGACGUUAUUACUUGCCUACAUAGUGCAGGACAAGCAUUUGUAGAACUAGGGAAAGAAAAGUCCAGUUUAAAACAAGCUGAGAAUCACACUCAAACCUUUUUAAAAACAUUGGGUGCAGUUGAAUCAAAACUGACAGACCAGAUUAAUUACUUAACUCAAGUGUCUACAGGACAACCACAUGAAGGCUCUGGAUAUGCUUCACAAAAAGUGCUUCAGAUGGCUUGGCAUAGGCUUGAACAUGCUCGAUCAAGAGUGAAUGAACUUGAUCGUCUUAAAAUGAAACACCUACAGGGGAGGACUUCCUCUAGACCAGCUGUAACUACUAAUGGAGUUUCAACACAUUCUACAUCAAAUGUUUCUAAUUAAUAAUAGUUGUGAAAUACUUUAUCAAUUGUGUUUUUAACUUUUUUUUAUAUCCUAAAAUUCAACUUGGAUUUUGUAGCUGAAUUAAAAUCUGUCCUUUAUAA